AUGUCAUCCCCUCCUAGUAACGUCAGCAAUGCGCCGGACCCAUCCCCUGUGCGAUGGCAAUUCAUCGACUCUUCGAACAAUAGUCGAUCCAACUUGACCCAAGUAAAGCGUCAUGUUAUGCAAGAAUAUAUGCGCCAGAAGAAAGGCGGUGCUCGUCAGAGUGAGAGUGAAGAGGAACAACCGCGAGCAAAACGUGGAAGGCCCAAGAAGACUCGGGCUGCGAUUCGAAAAUCAGAGAAGAAAGUGAAAUCAGACGGUGACUACAAUAUCGGUCAAUUUCGAGCAAGGAGAUCAACGAGGAAGCAAGUCACAUACAAAGAAGACCUGAUUGUCCAGGUUAACCGCGAUAUGUUUGCUUCGAAUCCUAUCUCGUCGGAUCCUUCGUUGAUUGUAUCCGAUGAUAUGUCCUCGUUUGCCCCUUUCCGACCAUCUUCUGCCCAGUCUCACGAUCUUCCUCUUCCACUGGAUGGCUUUGUAGAUGUACAUUCACAGAGUUCACCAACCCCUGAGCUAUAUUUUAACAACAUCGCAUGGUCAUCACCCUCCACGGUACCAUAUCAGUUCGUGCCAUCACCAAGUACCAUUGUGAGCGAUGCGCAAACCAACCCAUUUAACGCUCUUCCUGUAGAGUUGGGUCGAGAUGGACACAGGGUAUUUGACUCCUAUGUGAAUGAUGUGCCAGCCUGCUCCUAUGGAACCCCUUACCGGUCACCCAUAGCCAACGGUUAUACAUCGGCCUUUGUGCCAGAGACAACGAAAGGGGAAAUCCAAAAUUCUCUUCUUUGCAGAGACCGUGCUGUCUCCAUGCUCCGGGAGUCACGCUCCGACAUCCCCCAUGACAUCUCCGAUGCUGCAAUCAUUGCCUGUCUGAAUGCCGCAUCCUUUGAGAAAUGCGACCACCGACUAGGUCACAAGGAGAUAAGCUCGGCGCAUAUGAGAGCUGCACGCGAGAUGAUACGAGCGCGCGGUGGUCCCGCUGCAUUCGCAAAUACUCGCAUCGGCAUGAUGAUCAAUUGGGAAAACCCCAUCCUGCCAGGAUUUGAGACCCACGGGCCCAACUUCUUCUAUGAAUACGACCAGCAUACCCCAGUCUCAUCUGAGACUUUAGCAUCACUACCCCAUCCCAUUCCAGUCCCCCAUUCAAUGCCCUCUCCGCCAUAUUCCACUUCCUCGGCUUUCUCAGAAGUCUCGCCCAGCCCCGAACCUCGAACACUGCUCCCACCAAACUUCCAAUCAAUCCCAAUUGACGAGACCAAAUUUCAAUGCGACGAAUUCCUUGACUUCCUCCGACGCUGUGAACAACUCGCCUUAUACCAACGCGACAACCCCCAAUCAUCGUACAUUACCCGCCACACCGCAGUUCAGGAAACAUCCAUCCUGAACCAAAUCCUCGCCGCACCCCCAGGCGCCCGAUUCCCCACACCAGCCGACCGAAAACAAACGGUCACCCGCUUAACAGCGUUGAUAACACUCAAUGCCGCGAUGUGGGAUUACCGUAACACCCCAGCGCGCGCAGCAAUCUUCCUCGACACACUCGAAAAAUCCUUGGUCGGCAGCGAAGUCGGGAUGAACGGCUCCGUCGACGCCAUGCUCCAAAUCCUGCUCGAUUGCACCGACGGCACUGCUGAUAGCUGGUCCACGAGUGCCGACGGCUUUGCUGCCGCUGGCCCGGUAGAGGAACUCCCAGAUUUCUCUCAGUACUUUCUGACUGCUACUUCGCCCUCUGCGCGCCCGUGGUUUACGGAUCAUAUGUUGAAGAUUGCUAGUCGGUUGAGUGCCCUGUCGCGGUACCGAGUUAAUGAGUUUUUGUUCUCGUGUUUGACCCUCCAGGUGCAGGAGCCGUCGGCGGGUCUCUGGGAGGAGGAUCUUCGUCAGGAGAUCCUUGAUCAGCCGACUACCUAUCUUAUGCGCUAA